GAAGCCAGCACAGCACAGUGCAUAGCAACGCUGCGGGAGGGUAGCUGGCGCACCGGCGCAGUGUUAUUAUUAUUAUUAUUAUUAUUACACACAGCGCUUUAAGAAAUGUGGAAAGCUAUAGGGAGAGUAAUACUGGUACAGCUGCUACUGUUGAAGCAGCACUCUUCAAAAGAGACCAAAACGGAGUGCGAAAACGGACAAUUUCAAUGCAAGAACGAAAGGUGCAUACCUGCAAUUUGGAGAUGCGAUGAUGACGAUGAUUGCUCGGACAACAGCGACGAAGAAAACUGUGUGAAGAAGACCUGUGCCCCGACGGACUUCACCUGUCAGAACGGCCAGUGCAUCCCUGCCAGGUGGCUCUGCGAUGGGGAGGCAGAAUGCUCCGAUGGAUCCGAUGAGGCAGGAUCCACGUGCAGCCGACAGACGUGCCCGCCUGAGAAAUUCAACUGUGGGGGCUCCAGUAAUAAGUGCAUCUCGUUGUCAUGGCAAUGCGACGGGGAGACAGACUGUGAGAAUGGCAUGGAUGAGGCUGAGUGCCCUUCAGACAUGAAGCCCUGCCCUUCCAGCGAGUUCCAUUGCCGGAGCAGGAAGUGCAUCGCCCCCAUCUUCGUGUGCGACGGGGCCGAUGACUGCGGAGACGGGAGUGACGAGGAGCACUGCUCGGAACCCGCCUGCGGCCCCUUGGAGUUCCGCUGCAACAACUCUGCCUGCAUCCCCCAGCUGUGGAGCUGCGACGGGGACCCCGACUGUCCGGACCGGUCAGACGAGUCUAUCGAGCGCUGCGGCCGCCGGACCAAACCCCGCUGCACCCCCGGAGAGUUCCAGUGCGCCAGCGGGGAGUGCGUCCACCUGAGCUGGAGGUGCGACGGAGACUCGGACUGCAAGGACAAAUCUGACGAGAGCAGCUGCCCCCUUGUGACGUGUCGGCCUGAUGAGUUUCAGUGUGGGGACGGCUCCUGUAUUCCAGGCAUGAAGCAGUGUGACAAGGCACACGACUGUCCGGAUUACAGCGACGAGGCAGGCUGUGUGAAUGCGAGCAUGUGCGACGGACUGGCGAGCUUCCAGUGCAACAGCGGCGAGUGCAUUGACAGCAGCAAGGUGUGCGACUCUCACAAAGACUGCAGAGACUGGUCUGAUGAACCCAUCAAGAAAUGCGGCUUCAGUGAAUGCGCUGUCAACAAUGGCGGUUGCUCCCACAUGUGCACGGACAUGCGGAUCGGCCAUGAAUGCGAAUGCCCCGCGGGAUACAAGCUGCUGGACAAGAAGACUUGCGGAGACAUAGAUGAAUGUGAGAAUCCGGACGCAUGUGAUCAGAUCUGCAUCAAUUACAAAGGAGACUACAAGUGUGAGUGCUACGAGGGCUAUGAGAUGGAUGCCGUGAGCAAGACCUGCAAGGCAGUGGGGAAGAGUCCAUACCUGAUGUUCACGAAUCGGCACGAAAUCCGCAAGAUAGACCUGGUGAAGAGGGAUUACACCCAGGUGGUCUCCAUGCUGAAGAACGCCAUUGCCCUGGAUGUUGAUGUGGCCACCAACACAGUGUACUGGUGUGACCUGUUCCAGCGCAGGAUAUGCAGUGCCUACAUCAACAAAGCCAGCGAUGCAUCCCAGCAAGUGACCCUCAUCGACAGCUACCUGCACUCCCCCGAGGGCCUGGCCAUGGACUGGGUCCACAAGAACAUUUACUGGACCGACUCAGGGAACAAGAGCAUCUCUGUGGCCACUGCUGACGGGAAGAAGAGGAGGACGCUGAUCACUAGUGAGCUCGGCGAGCCGCGGGCAAUAGCAGUGGAUCCAAAGCAGGGGUUCAUGUACUGGUCAGACUGGGGGAACCCAGCCAAGAUCGAGAAGGCUGGGCUGAACGGAGUGGACAGGCAGGUCCUGGUCUCCCACAACAUAGAGUGGCCCAACGGAAUCGCACUGGAUUUGAUGAGCAGGCGUGUGUACUGGGUUGACUCCAAGCUGCACCUGAUCUCCAGCGUGGACUUCAGCGGAGGCAGCAGGAAGGUCCUGCUUUCAUCUCCACACCACCUGGGCCACCCGUCUGCCCUGGCAGUGUUCGAGGACAGGGUUUAUUGGACAGACCUUGAAAACGAAGCCAUUUACAGCGCCAGCAGGCUUACUGUACGCAACGUUUCCACGCUGGCAGAACACCUGAAUCACCCGCACGAUAUCAUUGUGUUUCACGAGCUCAGACAGCCCAAAGCUCCAGACAGCUGCAACGUGGGCUCUGUACCGAACGGUGGCUGUGAGUACCUGUGUCUCCCUGCACCCCAGAUCACAGAGCACUCCCCUAAAUACACGUGCGCCUGUGCGGACGGCAUGGAGCUGCACCCCGACAUGAGACACUGUCAGACUGGUGUCCCAACAGUGAGGCCGAAAACAAAAACCACCACCACCACAACCACCAGACCAGCGACCAUCCCAACUACCGCCCUCCACACAACCAGCACAGCUGCCAGCCGCCCUGCCCCCUCCCAGCCUCCUGCUACAGUCCCAGAGGAGCUCAGCGAGCGCACCACCCUGCCACCGGCCAACCAACUGAGAGAGAACAGCAAUCUGUCACAUCAGUCUGGGGGUGAGCAGCAUCUUCUUGGAACCAGUGUCACAGUGGCAGUGAUUGGUAUCAUCAUUCCUAUAGCAGUGCUGCUUGGGCUGAUGUGCACGGGAGGCUAUCUGGUCUGGAGAAACUGGAGAAGGAAGAACACAAAGAGCAUGAACUUCGACAAUCCCGUGUACCGGAAGACCACGGAGGAGGAGGAGGUGGAGGGAGAGGAGGGAGAGGAGAUCCACAUCGGGAGGACGGACCAGAUCGGCCACGUCUACCCAGCUCGCGUGGCUCUGAGUCUGGAGGAUGAUGGAUUGCCAUGAGGGGAACGCAGGCCCGUCGUCCACGGCGACCGCGAGCCAAACCAGGAGAUCAGCGGCUGCAGGUUCGAGUUGCUGAGAAAGCGGUGGGGUGGGGGAGCUUUUUUUUUUUUUUUUUUUUUUUUAACAUAUAUUUUUGUUACAUACCUGCAAAUCUUUUUUGUGAUCUGCAAGUUUAACUUGUUGUACUAGUACUGCCCUUUUGCUAUACUGAAGCAACCUGUUAAUGAUGACUAACCUCGUUGCCGAUCAUGUUAGUGUGGAUAGAGAGAUGCAAUCCCCCGCAGACUCGACUGCACUAGUGUACCGGUUUAAUACGGGUUAAUGGUUCACCGUUUUCAGAUUUUUUUUUUUUUUUUUUUUUUUUUAAACUUCGUGGAUAGCGUUGCACUGAAAAGGAAGUGAUUUGACCACUGGCAGGCAAAAAGGGAGAGUGGGAAAGAGGGCAGGUGUGAAAAUUGGUUUGAGAUUUUAAAUUGUGCUGUCAUAACUGGUAAAGAAAAGCCCUGUGGAGAAUGGGUAGUGCCAGGUUAGUGAGCUGCAGGGGGUAGACUCUGUGCCCUUUACCAUCUACCAUGUCAAAGCGCUGAGGCAGCAUAGCCAUUGAGGACGUAGUGCCGUGUAACAGGGUAUUGUUACACGGCCUGUUAAACACAUGCAUGAACGAUCCACAGAGGGGGUUGGGAUUGCAAGAGAGCCCGUCCCCUGUCUCUCCCCAAACUGCCUUACAACGCCAAGGCUUUUGCGACAUCUUAGAACCCAGAGCCUCAGAGUGUUUGUACUGCUGUGCGAGUGGGGUCUCUUAGAACCCAGAGCCUCAGUGUAUUUGUACUGCUGUGCGAGUGGGGUCUCUUAGAACCCAGAGCCUCAGAGUGUUUGUACUGCUGUGCGAGUGGGGUCUCUUAGAACCCAGAGCCUCAGUGUAUUUGUACUGCUGUGCGAGUGGGGUCUCUUAGAACCCAGAGCCUCAGUGUGUUUGUACUGCUGUGCGAGUGGGGUCUUUUCCCUCUCUGCAGCUGAAUCAAGUAGGGGAAAAUCAUCUAAUUGAGGUUCCUUAAUUAUUUUGCCAGCUCUCCCCCUGGAUUCACAGUUACUGUAAAUGGCAAUGGAUAACACUGAGUGCUACAGGCUCGUAUGAAGCACACCACUAGGGGGCCCCAUGGUCACUGCAAGACUGGAUGGGAUUCCUUAGCAAGAGUGCUGCAAAUCCUUCAGAAAUUGCCAGCUUUGGCAGAUUUAAAAUAUAUAAAACCUCACAUUUGAUGCUUCUCUGCAUGGUAACCCUUCAAGACACAGCAAGACAAGACGAACGUUUUAUAAUUCAUUUCUUAGAGUCCCAGCUUGAGUUUAAUGCUUUGAAGUUAUAGGUUUAUCUAAUGCUUUGAGAAUCUCACCCAUAGGGGUGGAUGAGAUUUCAAGAGUGAUUAUAACAAACACAUUUCACCCUAAGAAGCGAAGGGCAGUCGACCCCAUGCAGCUUGGAGAAGAGAUGUGAUCAUUUACACGUCGGACAGCAGCUUGCAGGGUGUCAUGUGCAAUAGCUAUCCUAACAUGUGAAGCCAGUGACGAUCCUUUUUUAUUAUUUUUUAUUAUUUUUAAUUCAUUCAUAAAAGCAGUAGAUAUUUUAAUAACUACUAAAUGCUAAACCCAGAUCAGUAUACUAGGAAAGUACUUGUGCUGCAGUCCUGUGAAUUAACUGGCACUGCACUGAGCAAUGCCUUUGUUCCACAGCUCCACCCUGGUCAUUACUGCUGCUGCUUGGUACCUGACAGAGUACCAGUCCCUUUCUGUGUAUGCAGACUUGGGGAAUUUCUAACACACAUGCUGGUUAUUAGUGUGGACUCAGUUCAUAAUACAGCCAUAUCAGAGAACGUUCCAUUUUCUAUGCUGUUUGUUGCACAAACUUUGAAAUGCCUUCUGCACUGUGUACAAAAUCUAGGAGGAAGGGUGAUUUUUAAAUGAUUUGUAAAUACGCUUUCAUAUUAUAAACAUUUUGAUAAACAAUUCUGUAAAAAAAAAAUAUAUAUAUAAAAUACUGCAAAAAAAUAAAAUAAAAAUUGAGACUAGACCUUAAAUAUGACACUUUGUGUGCAACAGCAGUGCAGUUUCUUGUUUUUGUAUUACUACUUGAUUGUAACACAAAUUAAUUCUCAGCCAAAGUGCGUUUUAUCUGUUUCGGUUUUGAUUUGUUAUUUAAUAAUAGAAUGGGUUUAUUCUAUGUUGCCUUUGUUGUACUCUGUUGUCUUUCUCUGUUUGUUAUUUGAGUUUGUUGUUUAAGUUAUUGGUGCCUUGUUGAUUUUCGUGUGUAUUUUAGAGAGAGAUUUAAUACAUAGCAACUGCUGUACUUACAUAGGAAAUCUUAAACAGUACUGUAUACCAAAAUGGUCUUGCUCAUCUUUCUAUAAAAUUGAACUGUUCAUACAUAUAUAUAUGA